UAAUGAGAGCACAUAUAGGAGGUUUGCGUGGUGCUCGUUCAAGAAUAGCGCCUACGCUGCACCCAGCUCCUCAGCUGUCAAGAAAAACAAAAUAAAAACUUAAAGUUCCGGUCACAACCUUCAAAAUAAUGUUUACUCCCAUAACAACAUGCACCAAAAAAUGGUUUAGCAGCAUAAAAGAUGCCCAAACUAAAGCCAGUAUAUCAGAGAGGUGGUUAUUAUCGAAUAAAUCCGAACAACUAACGUGUAAGAGCGUUAUUAUCUCUACUCUGCGCUAUUAUUUUGAAGGCAGGAGCAACCCUUUUCCGGAAUAGUUGCAGCUAGCUAUAGAUGGCUAGCGACAGGCUAAAUCAAAGCGGCUCGGUUGGCCGCGUUGACAAGCGCUAGUAUCACGUCCACAGAAAGGAUUUAUUCACUUAAAAACAUAUACGAGACCAAAACGCUGCUAAACAACACUCCUAUAAGGGUGGGAGACAUCUCAUUUGUGAGUUCACGGUUGCAUCAGCCCUCCCUCCUCUGAGGACUGAGCUCUGGACGUCAGGUGAAGAUGGAUGCCUACUCCACUGUUUAAUUGCAGCCUGUUAAACUUGUGGGACCUGCUGCCAGAUGACCAGUGGACCUCAGCGCUCAACAUGAAGCCUGUCAGCUAUCAAAGCAUGCCAUCGUCCAUGAAUGGUGGACAUCCGGCUUUGGAUCGUGUGUUAGGCACCUCAAAUGUGAUGUAUUGUGAGAAAUGUGGCUUCGGUUCUACAGACGCCGCCGCGUUCAAGAAGCAUAUGGUCGAGCAUAUGGGGACACGGUUUUACUGUUUCUAUUGCAACAAUGUCUCAUUCAGUGAGGCAGAGUUAAACGCUCACCUGAAGCAACACACUGCAAAGUAUCCAUUCAAAUGUCCUCACUGUGGACAGGGCUACAUGAGGAGGCUGUGCCUUGUGAAGCACAUUGACCGUUUGCAUAGUAAAGGCAUUAGUUUUGGACCUGCCAAGCCUGGCACGACAAAAAAUUCACACGUUCCUGUCUCCAGUGCCUUACCAAGUGUUCCCACUGCUGACACUUCGUCAAUUCGACCACUCGUUCGGGUGACAGUGCCCACCCCGAGUGUAUCUGCAUUCAGGCUGGGUAAAGAUGAACAGAGGGGGAAAACACUGGACACAAAUGUAUCAAACGCCCCUAACGGUAACGCAGAACUUUUGUCCCCUUUGAAUGGACUCAUUCAGCACAACAGGGCUUUAACGGUCUCACUUCCAGAGGAGGUAACCAUUCCUGCUGGCUGUUUGGUUGAACUUGUUGAGGUGAAAACUGUCAACGGGACGAAGGAGCUAAAGCUGAGGCUCGUCUCUCAACAAGAAAACGAGUCUGUGAUAAAAGACACAAGGACCUCAGUCUCUCAAAACACGGCGCUGGGAAAGCCACUUUCCUCCACGUUAAAUCAUCCAAAUACGGUGAAGUCUACAAGUUUGGGGAUGUGCACGGUUAACAGGAAACAGUAUGAAACAAAGACUGUGAAUGUGGAUCGUCCUGCUGUCGUUCCAGUCAAUAUUUCCAAAAACCUCCCCCCUCAAAUCAACAAAGACAAAAGUGUGUUAAAAAGAACAUCACAAGAAAUAAUCAACCUGGAAUGUCACACACCCAUACCAAACAAGGUUCCCAAAAGCACCCUCAAUCCUGCAAGAGAAGGAAAUAGUGGGAUCAAAGUCACACAGAGAGAACCUGUGAACCACAAUGCUGCUCCGCCUGCUAUUACCUCCACCAGGGUUGCCAACAGGCUGACUAGCACCCUGCAUCCAGACAACAUGGGAGCAUGUGUUUCUCAGAGAGCAGUGGAUGAGAGAAAGAAUUUAAUUCCAGAGCAUUCCAAGAGUAUCCCACCCAGGAGGGCAAGUGACAUAAAAAGCAUUCCCCGAGAUGGGUCUGUGGCUGUUAAGCUAGAGCCCAGGGAGAUCAACUUCAAGAACAACGCUGCUUCAAAAAUAAAGAACCAGCAAAGUUUAAAAUCAGCUUCCCCUUCCCUGAGCGUUCCCUCAGCUGCAGCGGCCCAAGUAAGACCUCCAGCGAUUUUAGUUUGUAAGGAUAAUGUUGUAAGUGCAUCUUUUUCAGUACCCAGGACUCUAAAUGAGCUCACAUCGUUCAAAAUGCCCGUCCUUUCUAAUCGCACAAAUUCAAAGAUCUCUGCAUGGAACCAGGAAAGCAGAUCCAACGAGAGAACCGAUCCAGACCCGCCAGAACCGGAGGGCUUUCCAGUCAUCUCGUCUGUGUUUUCAUUAUGUCAACAACCGGAGGACGUGCAAGGCUCCAUUCAACCACUGGUGAUGGCUCUGCGCGGCAUCGUAAUGGAUAAAAGCAACAGUUCCGGUAGUACGAUGCGAGAUCACGUUAAGAUACCGGGCAGCACACAGCGGAUGAAGGAGGCGGCACCGUCGGGGCACUGUGCUCAGGUGGCCACAAAGGAUGGAUCCUUCAUCCGUGACCUUUUACUGGCAGGGCGGACCAGUGAGUCUGUAAAAGUAGAGGAGCAACACAGGGGUAUCCAGAACCCUCCUGCACUGACCAACAACCAUACCCACGUCAAGGAGGAAAAAAAUAACACUGCGCCAACAAACAACAAUCAAUGCAGUCAGGCUCCCGAAUCGAAAUUGUCAACAGAUAAGGAAGCUGUUUCUGAAACUGCAGCACAUGUAGAUGGAUCUGGGACUGCAGACCCCCUACAGCAAAUGGAAAAAAGUGACCAUGACAUCUCCUCAAAGUUCCUGACUGUCUCUCUGAAAAGGGUACAAGUAGGCGUGUGGAAAAAAAACAAGAAGGGACUGAAACUUAGAAUUUCCAAAUACAAGACUCAGGUGCCUAUGGACGGUCUAACUGAUUGCACAGUUAUUCACCCGAUGCCGCUGAAGGUGGACCAACUGGUGAAACGGCCGGGCCCGAACCAGCCCGUGGUGGUGCUCAAUCACCCGAAGCCCCGGGCCUCCAUACAAGGAGCGAGAGCAGACACUUUAGCUGACACCGGAGCCUCUGAGGUGGUUCCAAAGUGCCAAAUCUUGAAAAUGAGGCUGAGCAAAGUGAUGGGGCAGAAGUACGAGGUGAUGGGUUGCACUGUCGGAGUCUUUCCAUGAAUCUAUCAGUGUAUCAGCGGACAGCAGUGUACAUUUCUGAGGAAAUACCUAGUAUUACAAUGGGAAGAUGUUGGCUUAAAAAUAAUAAUACCGGGCACUUAUUUUUUCUUUAUGGGAGCUUAAGGUUAGAAAAAAUGGACAUAUUAGAAUCACUGAGCAUUAUGUUGUACUAAUGUUGUUUAUAUAGGCAUGGAGUAUUCAAGUGCAAUGCAGUUUGGCUGCUUUGAUAGACGAUGGACCUCCUGCUGUAGCAGAUCGCAGUCACUAAUACACAGAUGUCAGGUACUGUUUCAGACGGUCAGAGUUAAGGGAUAAAUGCAUGCUGUUUACUUAAAGAGGAUAACAUACUGUAUUUCCUUUCUGUUUGCAUCAGUUCACUAUUCGUCUGGCUCCUCCAAGAUACAACCCGAAUUAGGCGCAGUACCUCCUGAGAUGAUCAAAUCUGUGUGUGCGCUAACCCACUCAGACCAGAACCACUGCCAUGAAGAUGCAGAACAUGCACACCUCUCAAUUUUUAAUGACAGGAAAAUCUGUGCUGGGUGUUAAGUAAUUGUGAUGAUCUAUAUGUGAGAUGUAAUUUCUUGGGUUCAUGGGUUGAACCUAACAUGCAGUAUGUAUCACAAAAACAAUGUAAAAAUGGCCUAUUCAAGGAGUAAUCCCCAUUUUAUUUUGUUAAUGUUCAGAUUAACAGAAUGUUUUUCAAAUUGGUCAAUUUCACAUCAGCAUAUAUGGGCACAAAGCGCCUACAAGCCUCUAAAAUGUUUUGCUUCAACAGUGCCCCUCUUUUCUUCUUCUGUUUAUGAUGAAGGCUGCUUGUAUAGACACUAAAACUGCACCCAAAAAGUCAACAUUUUAACACUGAUAAGCUUAUAACUGGUCAAAAAAAGGCAUGUCCCAAUUCAAAAGCCACUCCAAAUAUUGGCCAGAGAAAUGUGAUUUUUGUUAGAGAUCAAAGCCAGCGUCAUAUGUGCAGCUCAGUAUCCUUUUUUUUUAAAUAUGUAUGGCGUCUCAGUAGUGUCGUGGUGCAUUCAGGUACUCUUUGCAAAAAAUUGUACCAGAUGGUCAUCAGUCACUGGUAAACCGGUCGGAUAAACUGGAGCAAUGACAAAAUCCCUGCCAGGUGUAAAUAGUGGAAGGUAGGCAUACACACCACAGUUUGUUUUUGUUAUCUGGUUGGAUGUGUUGCUUAUCACUGGGUCUUGCAGAGAAAUAGAAGUUUUAUUUGCCAAUUGUCCUUGAUGUGUUGUGAAGUGAAAUAAUCUGUAAACUUGGGUAUUAUGGAAUGUGACCCAGUUUCCCACCAGUAUUGACCACUUUGCUGGCCAUUCUCGGUGAUGAACUUGAAUGUGUUUGACUUUACCAGCUGACGAGGAGUGCCUGAAUGCACCGUUAGUUUUGGUUUUUGUAAGGCUAAAGCUAAAAGCUAAAAUGUUGACUAUUCCUAAUAGCCCUGAGUACAGAUGGAUAAGGAAGGUACAUUGAUUAAUUAUUGCUUUCUGUUUGAAACUGUACGAGAAAGCUCAAAGGGCAAAAGUAAAGACUUAAAGAAUGCCUUUUUAUUUAAUUGUUCUGAUGAUUGCUGUAUGGAUUUCAAUAUUUUUACCACACAGGUGUUUUGUUUUCAUUGAAUUUAAAUAUUUAAUUAAUCACAUAUAUUUUGUGAUUGACUUAUUAGUUCCAGAAACAAGUGUUCAAAAAUCAUCUUGAAUCAUUGUUGCACUAUGCUUUACAGUUUGGUUUCUUUAAUGUCACAACGUCCAUGAUAGCCUCUUUACAGAAGAUGGUGGAGCUCCUUAAACAGUGGUGGAGAAUGAGAUGGAUAAAAGCAGCCUAAACUAGUUUAUUACUGUAACAGAAAGCCACGUACUUUAAUUUUUUUCUUAUGUCACCGCCAUGUACAUACUCUGUGGUGAUUGGGGGGCCAUUGUAAACCUGUUGAAACUUGUAUAUUUUUCAAAACCCAUCAAAAGGACAUAAGCAAUCUUUUAUCCAAAUACUUUUCAAAUCUGUGUUCUCUUCUUACGACAGCAUUACAACACCUGUGUGUUCUUGUUUAUAAUGUUAUCAUGAUGUAUGAGGUGCUAGACCUAUGAUGAAAUUUAUAGGUUUUGGUUACCCACCGUUUUUAUUGUAUAUAUAUGUUUUGAUCACCCACAGAUUUUAUUGUGUAUAUACUUAUAUAUAUAUAUAAAUAUAUAUAAAACGUGAUGACUGGUGUUCAUACUCAGUAGGGAAUGGUUAACAUUCCUCAGCCUCUUCUGCAGCAGCAGAUAUGUUGUGCUUUACUUUCUCAACGCUGCAGUGUGUCAAGCUGCCGUGCAGUCUUUGUUAUCUAUAAUUAUUUUAAAGGUGUGACAGUUCUUUAUGAGUAUUUUGCUUUGCCCUUCAUUCACUCAUUUGUGUGUCAGUUAGUCAUGUUACUGUUAAAACUAUUUUUGGUUCUCUCCAUUCUCAGUGGUCAUCAUUGUGUUCCAUGCUUUUAUAAUAACAAUUGUGUAACCCCUCUUUUCUAUUAAAACAAAGUAAACAUGAUCACAA